AGAGAGAGAGAGAGAGAGAGAGAGAGAGAGAGAGAGAGAGAGAGAGAGAGAGAGAGCAUGCUAACUGUAACUGUGUGUUCCAGGAUGAUGUGAUGAUGCCUCAGCGAAUACAUCUCCAAUACGAGGCCUGCCUCUUCAACUCUAACUCUUUGAUUGGCUGUCAAGUCCGCAGGGAUCCAGAGGGAUCUACUGAGCGCUACACACGCUGGAUCAACAACAUCAGCCAGGAUCAACUCAGCACCCAGGUGUACACCUCUCACGGCCCUACGGUCAUCAUGCCAACAUGGUUCUGCUCCAGGGAUUGGUUCCAGCGGGUCGGAACCUUUGACGAGGGCGGCAAGGGAGUUCCAGAGGAUCUGUUGUGGUUCUAUCAGAGUGUUGGUCAGGGAGGAGGUGUGGUCAGAGUGGACCAGUGUUUACUAGUCUACCGCUACCAUCAACAAGCUGCUACACACUCUGUCCUGGAGGAAACCAUUUGGAACCUCCGUGUGGCCUUCCUCCAUGAGAGAGUUAUCAACCAAUGGGAAUCCUUCACCAUAUGGAAUGCUGGGAAACAGGGCCGGAAACUAUACCGCUGCCUCAGUUCCUUCAAUCAGAAGAAGGUUCGAGCGUUCUGCGACGUGGACGAGAAUAAGAUCAAGAAAGGCUUCUACACCUAUGAGGAGUCCAAGAGGCCCAAGCCUCAGAUCCCUGUACUGCACUACAGAGAUGCGUCUCCACCCUACAUCAUCUGUGUCAAGCUGGACAUGACCGGAGGAGUGUUUGAGGAAAACCUGAAGUCUCUCCAUCUGGAAGAAGGAGUUGACUACUACCACUUCAACUAACACUCUGGGAUGUAGAGAUGGAGAGGAGAGGAGUUGACUACUACCACUUCAACUAACACUCUGGGAUGGAGAGAUGGAGAGGAGGGGAGUUGACUACUACCACUUCAACUAACACUCUGGGAUGGAGAGAUGGAGAGGAGGGGAGUUGACUACUACCACUUCAACUAACACUCUGGGAUGUAGAGAUGGAGAGGAGGGGAGUUGACUACUACCACUUCAACUAACACUCUGGGAUGGAGAGACAGAGGGAUGGAGGUGGGGGGGGGGGUGAGUGUUUGAGGGUUGGAUGCUGAGAAGGAUAGAUGGACUAUGACAGUCAUCUGGUGCGCCUGCUUGCUGUCUAGUUAGUAUAAUAUGUGUGGCAGCAUGUCCAUGUUGAUCGUGGAGAUAAAUCACAAAUACAAACGUUUCCAAUCA